UAGUGCCUAAGUGCACCUUCUGUUUUCCCGGCUGGCUAAUGUCUACUAUCGCUUAUCUCUCUUUUCGUUACGGCGUCACCCGCUGGCCCAGUUGCGCUGUAGAAGAAUGAACAGGUUUUAAUGGUUUUGUUAUUCGCAUGUGUGUGACAGACAGCAGUACAGACUCAUGGUUAGUAUACACUAGUGACGUCUGCUGGCGAAUGGCUUCCCAUCGGAGCGCAGUGCCCUACAUGGAGAGCAGCUGAAACACUCGGGACCAGGGCAAACGGAGACACCAUGCGCACCUUGAUGUCUCUUUGUGACCCGUGUCAGUGAUUUUAUUAUCACUGAUCCACCGCCUCUGCCUUGGUUGUCGUCGUGAGCAACCUUCAUCCAGAGAGGGCUUCUGGGUACCUCCAUGGCGGGGGAAAAGGGUCGUCGCAGCGUCAUGGAUAUCAAGCGCCUGGCGGGGCUGCUCCAGCGUGGAGCCGGGCGAUUGCUGGUCAUCGACAGUCGGACUUUCUCGGAGUACAACGCCUCGCAUGUGUACGGUGCCGUCAACGUCUGCUGUUCCAAACUGGUCAAGAGGAGGCUUCAGCAGGACAAGGUGUCAGUUACCGAGCUCCUCCAACCCAACGGAAAGGUCAAGGUGGACCUGGCCCGCAGACAGGAGGUGGUGGUGUACGAUCAGAGCACUAAAGACGCCGGUCAGCUUUCCAAAGACAGCUUCGUCCACAUCCUCCUGAGCAAGCUGGACGGCACCUUCCACAGGGUGUCUCUGCUCACAGGUGGUUUUGCAGCAUUCUCGUCCUGUUUUCCAGGCUUGUGUGAAGGCAAGCCAGUGGCCACUCUGCCUAUGAGCUUGUCUCAGCCAUGUCUGCCUGUGGCAAAUGUUGGUCCCACACGAAUCCUGCCCCAUCUCUACCUUGGCUCACAAAAAGAUGUGCUCAACAAGGAUCUAAUGGCUCAAAAUGGCAUCACAUAUGUAUUAAAUGCAAGCAACACUUGCCCAAAGCCAGAGUUCAUCUCCGAAAGCCAUUUCAUGCGUAUACCCGUCAAUGACAACUACUGUGAAAAACUCCUGCCAUGGCUAGACAAAACCAACGAGUUUAUUGACAAAGCCAAGGUUUCCAACUGUCGAGUCAUUGUCCAUUGUUUAGCUGGCAUCUCCAGGUCCGCCACCAUCGCCAUUGCUUAUAUCAUGAAGACAAUGGGCUUGUCAUCAGAUGACGCAUACAGGUUUGUGAAGGACCGCAGACCUUCAAUAUCACCCAACUUCAACUUCCUGGGACAGCUGCUGGAGUUUGAGAAGGGUCUGAGGUUGCUAAAAGCUCUGUCCUCAGGUCAGGAGAAGUUGGAGCAGUUAAAGGAACUAUCAGAACCUAGAGGAGAAUCUUCAAGUGAUCCUGAAAAGGGCCGUCUGGAGGCGGAGAAAGACCGCACAGAAUUUGACGUUAAGAUACCUUCUCCAACCUCCCUCCAGCAGGGCUUUAAUGGCUUGAAUCUUUCGGCAGAGCGUAUCCUGGACACCAACCGUCUCAAGCGCUCUUUCUCACUUGACAUAAAAUCUGUCUACGAGCCCAACCACUGUCCUCGCCUCGCACCUGUGCAUACCGAAGAUGUCCCUAAACUCUGCAAGCUGGAUAGCCCAGAGGCUGGAGAAGCCAAUGGUGUAUGCCAAUACUCACCUGUUUCAGUCAGCCCCGGUUUAGCUGAAUCUCCAGGCCUGUUUCCUGAGAGCAGCUCCAGACCUCGUUCACGGAGGAAAAGCAAGCACAAUGGUAGCAGUGCUGGAAGUUCUCCUGUGCACUCGCACAACCUAAACUUCGGACGCUCACUCCCUGCACACAAAAGUCCCAGUCUUGAUGACAAUCUGAAGCCCUCCCUGCUGCUCAGCCUUCCCACUGUGGGCACCGGGCCCAUGUGGACCAAGCAUAGAGACACCGUUCAGGCCACAACCCCUGUUACGCCAACAGGCGAAGCCCCUUGGUUCUACAGUUCGGAGUCAAUGAACAGUAAUGGAGGUGGAGGAGGGGCAGUACACUUUCCUACGCUAGGCUGUAGCAGUCUCCCUGGGCCGUGUGAGGCUGUGCGUCUGCGGGAGAAGGUGGGGGAACCACGGGACUCGAGGGGCAGCUGGCACGAGGAUGCUCCCACUUCCUGUGCUUCCGAUAAGCAGUUUAAGCGGCGCAGCUGUCAGAUGGAGUUUGAAGAGGGGAUAUCAGAGACACGUUCAAGGGAAGAACUGGGAAAGAUCAGCAAGCAAUCCAGCUUCUCUGGGAGCAUGGAGAUCAUUGAAGUAUCCUGACAUCACCUGCACAGCCCCUGAGGACUUUUACACACAGGCAGCGGACAGGCGUCACUUAUGAGCAAGGAUGACUGAGAGUGGGCCUGGAGAGGCUGUUGUGUGGAACAUUCAUAUUAGUUCAUAGGCUUGUCGAUAAUGACUGGUUCUCAGAAAUGUGACACUUUUUUUUUUUGUCUUUUUAAGCCAGUGGAACCUGACACAGAUUGACUUUGCUUUUGACUUUCUACUGUUUUUAAGCCAUAGCCAUGCCCAGAUGACAACGCGCUGAGACUCCAGUGGCAGAAUCCCUCGUUUCCUCACUCUAGAAACAGACCCCCAGGUUUCCUCAUAAAAGCUUUUCCAGCCUUUUGGUGUAUUGAGAAUCAAGCAUGGCUGUUAUGCUUAGACUUGUUUCUUUUAUUAUGCCAUAUUAUGAAGUUACACCGCCACAGCACAAGGAGUCAGCAUAGACUUAGCCUUGGUGGUACAUGCUUUUACUGGCUGAAUGAAGGCCUCUUUGUGCCGUUCUCUUGUCCACCCUGGUCCUGUAUCCUAGCAUUCAUGGAAUCCUGGAGGAGGAACCAGGCAUGUCAUGAAGGAAACGCAUUGUGGGCAUAUUCCCAUAAUGUUCUGUCACUCUUUUGUUACCCAGAUUUCAGGGUCUUGUUCUUCCCUUCCUGUGCCCAAGUGGUGAUGCUCGAACUGUUGUGCAACCCACGUUCCUCUCACCGAGCAUGCUUCGAGGCUGCUGUUUUCCUUACAAACAAAUAGUAUAUGAACUAUACACAGUGAUUUCAAUGGAUGUUUAAAUUUUUUUUUUUGUCAUUUUUCUUAGUUACAUUUUUAAUUUAUUCUACUGGUUCAUUCUGGUAAUGAGAAAUAAUAUAAAGAUUGUGGAGUUUUUAUUUUUCCUCUUUUUUCAGUGUUGAUCUUUCUUUUUCAGUGAUAUUUACGAAAAUACACUUGCAAGACCGAUACGGAACUACAAGCAAUAUGUUUUCACUUAUUGUCCUCCUUUUUGUUCAUAAGAGAGUGCGGUUAUUACCAGGAAUUAUCUGAUGUUAAAAUGCACUUUCUUUUGCUUUAAGUGGGAUGUUUUUGGAUGUUCUCAUUAAAAGGGUACCACAACGCUUUACAAAAAAUCAUGUGUAACCAUUUAUGUCCUGCGGUGUGCGUCACAAACUAAAGCAUUUGGUAUGGCUUUCAUUUGUCUCUCCAGCCUGCUGGCUUGAAUUAUUAAAGACUUUAAUCCAGCAUGAAUAAUCUAGAGUAAUCUAGAAGAAUAUGUAUGAUACCCCAUCAACUCAUUUUGAUUUUCAAGAAUUUGAUUUUUGUAUUAACAAGCACACAAGACAAAAUGAAGGGAAAAAUGACAGGGACUCUAAAGGGGUUUGUCUGUGUCCCCCAUUUGUUCUGCAUAUUUAUGAUAUUAUUUAUUGUUUGUUUGGGUCUGAUUGCGGGAGGAUGUAUGAUGGAUGUUGUGAAUGACCCUUUGCAGAUGCUCAUAUAGACUGGCGUCUUGGAGAGGAGAUAAGCCCCUAACCUUUAUAUCCACAACUGCGCACCCAAAUGAAACAAGUAUACACAACUAGAUGCAUUUUUAAACCUGACUGAUGAUCUGACAGAGUUAUGUCUGUUGAUCAACCAGUUUCUAUUGGAUCAUAAACUUUAUAUGUAAAACCAAUAACUGAUAAGAACAGGAUCUGCUCUGUGGUGACAAUACAUUCGGCUUGCUUUUUUCUCAGGGGAGCUUUUGAUGACUCAAUUACAAAUCUGGGCUCUGAGCUUUCUCUUUCCUGUCCUUUUCACUCAUUCUCUCUCUUUUGCACCCAUUUCUUUCCUACUCUUUCUCUCCCUUUUUCCCUUUAUCCUCUCCAUUUCUCUCAGAAUCUCUAGAACGCUCCAAAGUUUAAAUAUAACACAGAAAGGGUGUGUGUGUGUGCAAAUGUGAAUGGGAAUGCCCUCUCCAUGUGAGAUAGUUCAGCAAUUUAUUUAUGUCUGUAUUUUUUCAGUUAGCUUUUCUGAAUGGCAAAUCUUGUAUUUUGUGCUGCUGUAAUUGUUUUCCUUGUGUGAGACAUUACCUGUAUUUCCUUUUCCUUCCCUGUACUAUAUUUUUAAAGACAUUGUUAUCAUUAUUUAAAACAUGUAAUAAAAAGAUGCAGGCUGUC